AUGAAGUCGUUGAAUUUGUUAAAUCGAUGCACGCGAAUUUUCCUGCGGCUCACCGUGUUGCUGACUCAAAUCUUUGGUGUUACACUUUUCAUCUACGACAAAAAGCAGCGACUGUUCCGACAAUCAGGGAAGCUUAUGACUUAUGGCUUUGUGAUUUUAGUCUUGAUCCUGCUGCACAUGCUGUUGUUUGGGAUCAAUGCUCUCCGCAUAUUCAUUUCCCUGACCCCAUUUGCCAUAUUUAUGGGAUGUAAUCUUCUGGUUCUAGUAGUCCGUCUUCAUGUCCUAAUCAAUAAUCGAAAAUGCCUAAGGCUAUUGAACGAGAUGCAAGAGAUGCUCGAAAAAUUGCAAUUGAUGGCCAAGCAUCCCAAUAUUUUCCGAGUGUCACACUCGCUGCUCUUGCUGUUGACUGUGCAAAAUCUUUUGCGUUCGUUAACUAGGGUCUACGACAUUGAGCUGGAAGAUAAAUCAAAAAUCACUGCAAUCUACCUGUUUAUAACGUCGACAAUCAUGCUCACCUUUCUGCUGCAGAUCACCAUUAAUAUUUGCCUUUUAAUUGUGCUUAUUGCCUGCUACGACGAACUGCGUCAGAGCACAAAAAAGAUAUCCAAAGCGGUGCACACACUGAGGCAGGCACAAGUCCUGGAAGGCGGCCAAUUGUUCCUGCUGGUGGAGCAGUUGUGUGUCCUUACCGAGGACUUGAUUUUACUGCGCCAUCAGGUCCAUCGUCUGAAUGUGAAGAUCAUCAAGCUCUUUCGUUUCCAUUGGCUUUGCACCUUCCUAUACUGGCUGAUGCCCAUUCUCCUGAUCCCGGCCGUUAAUCGAAUGGUCAUGUACAAACACGCCAUCUCCCUUAUGAAUAUAGCCUUCUAUUGCACUAUAUUCGAGAUCUUUGUGUGGAAAUCAAAACUGUCGAAAAGUUUUUGGCACUUUCAUUUGAUCAAUUACCAUGCAGAAUUCGAUAGAACAAUUGAAAGGCUUUUUCAUCAGGAGAUUGUACAACGCAUAAAAGUCUCUAUCUAUGGCAAUAGUUUGGAUAUGAAAUUUCUUUUUAAGAUAUUUUCCAUUUGUGGAAACCUGAAACGACAACAACACCAUCAUAAUUGGAUAUAG